AUGAUUCGGAGUCAUGCUUAUACUUACCUUAGCUCUUUGGCUGAUUGCAUUAGCGACUUAUCAGAUUUUACCGGAUCCAUAGCGUCGCUUGCCUCACCUAAUUUCCUGCAUGGGAACAAGUCGGAGGAAGACAGCGGUAUUACUUUUUGUGUGGACGCAAACAAGGCUAUCCAAGGACGGGUCAAAUUUGAAAGUCUUUGCCAAGACGAUGACGAGGAUGAUUUAACCUCUCGGUUUACUGGAUUGAAUUGUACCUGUUCAACUUAUCAAAACUAUAGCCUGCAAGCAAGUUGUCCAUCCUCGCAGGAUUCGAGUGGGAUCCAAUGUGCAUCCAGUUACAAGCCCAUCUAUUUUACUCCUGCGAACAAUCCUUCCCGAAACAUGAACCAACAUGAUUUUACAGAAUCUUAUACUCUGUCCCAUGUACAUUUCCCAGUUCCAGAAGGAAUCUUCACUCUGGGCAGCUUGGUUGGUACUGGAAAGUACGGUUGUAUUCUGGAAGCCAAACGUUUCCAUUCUCAAAACGGAUAUCACCAAGUGACUUACGACUACGUUAUCAAGUGUCUUUCACAUGAAUUGUCGUUUCAAAUUGAACUGAACGCUUUCAGUCAUAUGGCUCAUGUACUACUCUCGGACCGUCGGGAGUCGACAUAUAUGCAUUACCACCCAAGUAACUUUACCAGAUAUGUGCACCUUUUGGAAUCCCUUCCAGCAUUAGAGGAGAAGUUACAUCCUUUUAUUGCUCAGCUGUCUGGGUUCACUACGAUGCGACUUCGGCGCAAGAGUCCACACGUGGAUACGGAUACUAUACAGGGCCUACUUAGUUGUGGCAAUCUGUUCAGACAGUCCAAAAUGAGGGCGUGUGCGGACAAAUGGAUCAACCACUACCUGCUGCUCUUCAAACGCGUAAUCGGAGGAGAUCUUUCAACCCUCUCAGUCCACGCUAUGCAUCGAUCGAUGACCAUCAUGGAGGCGAUAUUCUAUGUGGCUGAAAUAAGUGAAGCACUCAUUUGGCUGCACAGCAUUGGAAUAGUUCAUCAGGACCUGAAACCCGAUAACGUUCUGAUCCAGGCUGAUGGACAUAUUAUUCUAACAGACUUUGGUCUGGCCUGUGUGGUUCCCAACGGGCCUGGUUCCACCUACUUAGGGAAUAUCGUGUGCAAAAGUAUGCACAUGCCCCCGGAAAUUGUCACCCAUCGUCCAGGAAGCGUACUGGUUUGGCAUGCGGUUGACUGGUACAGCUUGGGUGUACUUUUGUACAGACUGCUGCAUUCGGGUAGAUUCCCCAAAUUUGUUGGACCUGGAGUUUCUCGAAGGCUUAUCUGGGAUUCAUCCUGUCUGGAUCUACCGUGGGAGAGUCGAAAUCUCAUCUCCGACUUACUACAGUUUGAUCCUACUAGACGAUUGGGAGGAGACCGCAGAAUUGGUGGUCUUGCAGUCUUGAGACAUCCAGGAUUUAUUUAUCCGCUGCUUGGGGCUCGACCGAGCGACUAUGACCAGGAACUAAUCCACUACCAACCGUCAACAGGGGACAACUUACCAGUUGAUUUGCGUCGGGGAUUGAUCGAAUCUGCUGCCAUACCAGGCUUACUAUGCACUCCACGAAUCACUGGACGUCGAGAAAACACAAGAAAAAAGGAGCAUGAAUUAGGUUGGCUGGAUUAUCUCCGUGAGGAAAUUUCGGCCAAGCGCUUAAUACCGCCUUUUAAACCUUGGAACAAUGGUUCGAUACACCCGUGACCUCCUAGUGACCGAUGCCCUCACUCACAAAACGAAUUACUCGAGAAAGCUCCGUGCGAUAUACCCGUGGAUUCCGUGCUGAGAAUAAGUGGAACGUUUUACCUGUUUUAUUUCCAACGUAUAUGUCAUAAAAAUAGCUGUGAUUCACUUUUUAUGGAGAUGCAAACAAAGAUCAGAUUUUAUGUCAUGG